UCCGGGGGAAUAAGUGGGUGAAAGGUCCUACAGUGCGGAGUGACAGCACAGACCGGGACACCUCUCAGAGACACCGCCGACCAGCAAACAUGUCCAAACAGCAGCCGAUCAGUCCGAUGAAGAACUUCUUCGCAGGAGGGUUUGGAGGCGUCUGCCUCGUCAUUACUGGACAUCCACUCGACACCAUCAAGGUGCGAUUACAGACUCAGCCCAGACCGAAACCUGGAGAAAUCCUUGUGUAUGCUGGAACCAUUGAUUGUCUGAAGAAGACCAUAGCCAAAGAGGGGAUGACAGGGCUCUAUAAAGGCAUGACGGCCCCUCUCAUCGGCGUUGCACCCAUGUUUGCUGUUUGUUUCUUUGGAUUUGGAAUUGGCAAGAAAAUGCAACAGAAAACCCCCGACGAGAUCCUCACGUAUCCACAGCUGUUUGCUGCAGGGAUGUUGUCUGGUGUGUUCACCACGGGCAUCAUGGCUCCUGGAGAGCGCAUCAAAUGCCUCCUACAGAUCCAGGCAUCAACAGGAGGGGUGAAGUAUUCAGGCCCCAUGGACUGCGUCAAACAGCUGUACAGAGAGUUUGGGAUUAGAGGAAUCUACAAAGGCACCGCGCUGACUCUCAUGAGAGAUGUUCCAGCCAGUGGGAUGUACUUCACGUCCUAUGAGUGGUUGAAGAACGCCCUCACACCAGCAGGAAAAAGCCACAAUGAGCUCAGCAUUCCCAGUGUGCUGUUUGCUGGAGGGAUGGCUGGGGUCUUUAACUGGGCCGUCGCUCUUCCAGCCGAUGUACUCAAGUCUCGUUUCCAAACUGCUCCUGAAGGAAAGUAUCCUAAUGGAUUUCGGGACGUUCUGCGGGAGCUGGUCAGAGAGGAGGGCAUUGGCUCGCUGUAUAAAGGCUUCAAUGCCGUCAUGCUUCGCGCUUUCCCUGCAAACGCAGCUUGUUUCUUAGGAUUUGAAUUUGCAAUGAAGUUCCUGAACUGGAUGGCACCGGACCUGUGAGGACGUUUCAGCAUCACCUCGAAUGAGAAUCCCAGGAACAGAACUGUUUAAUACAAUGCAAUUAUUAGCCACACACACACACUGUAAAUCACAAAGAGAUUUUAACAGUUUUCCAAGAAUGUGCUUGAUUAUCUUGGAAGCUCGUAGUGCUGUAGAGUGUGGAUCAUUCAGACCUGCGGAGGAAGCAGAGCAGCGAUGUUGUGAUGACUUGGUACCGCUACACAAACAAACACACAGUCGAAUGUUCUCUUUUUGUUUUACUUGUUUUCUUUAUAUUGUGUUUUUAUAUAAGAAAAGAAGGGAAGUAAACAUGCCGUGCCUUACCUUUUGUUAUCUGCGAGCAGGUAUACAUAUCAGGGAAAAGGUGAUUUAAGUUUUACUGCUUUUAGUUAUUCUCUCGGCAAUACACAUCUUUCCAACUGUCUGCUUCCUGUGAGGCCGCCUCCCUCCAUCAGUGGCCACCAAUACCCACACUGUCUGUUUGUGUUCAUGGUAAAUUAUGAGAGUUAUAAUAACAAGUUUUAUUGAACUUGACAUAAAUGUAAAGAAAUUAAAAAAACAGAAUCAAUAUUUAGAAAGGCUA